AAAUUGAAGUAAAAUUGUCCUUGUGGGUGGUGAAAUUUAAAGAGCGUCACAAGUAGCAGACGACCGAUGUAAACAAACAUUGUCGUCAAGACGCCACGAGCACAUGUUUCGAUAAACGGAAACGGGUAGCAGACGAACAUUAUUGAAACUUAAUUAAGCGCUUAGCAGACACGGUGGAUUAUUUUGAUAUACUGCAUAAUACUUGCAUUUUGUUUGUGAUCACCUACUACUGCAGAAACACAAAAUGGGAGACUUUGCGAAGCUUCCGUCCAAAAAGAAGCUUGAAGGCACGUUUUACGACUACUCAGGUGGCCAGAAGACGAUGGACCUUGAAAACUUCAAGCGCCUCUGCUACAAGUACUACCUCGCCCCAACCACAAAGGCUGCCUGCGAGCUCUUCACUCAGCUUGAUAAAGACAGCGAUUCUCUGCUCUCAUUCGACGAAGUGGUCGCUUUGAUGGAGAAGCAAUGGACGCCUAUCAACGAACGAAAAGUGACCUUCUUGGAAGAUUUGCGCAAAUGCAGGAAAAAGACGGGUCCAAUAAAUCGCGAUGAACUGCGCGAGAUCCUGCAACAGAAUAGCGAAGAGGCUCUCACAGACGAGGAUGUGGACUACUGCUUCGAUAAGCUUGACAUCAACGGCGAUAAGGAGAUCUCAGAAGAAGAAAUAUGCGAACUAAUUUUCAAAAUGGAAGAUUUGAUGUCAAGAGAGCCCUCCAGAGUCGAAAUCACGCUUAAAUCUGAAAAGAAAGACAAGAAAGAUGAAAAGAAAGACAAGACAGAUGAAAAGAAAGACAAGAAAGAUGAAAAGAAAGAAAAGAAUGAAAAUCAAGAAAAUCACAAAUCGCGGUCGCGAUCACGCUCGAACUCCGGAUCCAGAAAAGGUUCGGCAAAACAUCGCAAAGGAUCAGGAAAAAAGAAGUCUAGAAGCAGGUCUUCAAGUAGUAGCAGUGGGAAAGGAUCGCGACAGGGAUCAGCACAUCAGAAAAAGACGGAAGAGGUUAAUGAUUAUCAGUUGAUUCCUGAACCUGAGCGUGGACCGGAUGAAAUGUUCACGGCGGAACAUGUUGCGACAGAAACUGAAUUAGGGGAACAAAAGCUAGAAAAGGGGGAAGGCAUUAACGCAAAGAUUACAGCGCCUUCUGGCGACCACCCGAGUAAUUUCCAGGACAUGUCGCCGAUGGUAUCAGGACCAGCGGCAGAUAAAAAGCCAACCCAAAAAGCUCUGACGAAUGAUGCUGACGCCGAUGGGGAAAACAUCGAAGAAGAUCACGAUAUUAUGGAUGAGGAAAUGGAAGAAACGGAAGAAAUUAAAGAAACUGAAGAAACAGAAGAGCACGAAGAAACGGAAGAAAUUGAAGAGACUGAAUUACCUAAAGCAAAGUCGACAGAAAAGGCGAAAGCAAAGUAAAACAAAAAGCAAGCUAGAUAUUCAUGUUGACAAUGUACACAAUACAUGGACGAUGUUUGUUGAAUGCAUUCGCAAAGGCAUAAUCUGCAAUAUUGCUCUUGGUAUUUCGUUAUUUCUUAUAGAUAUAAACAUUGCACUCAUUUAAAAACAUUCUUCAAGCGCUUAUGUAAAUAAUUCUUUGUUAUGAUCAACAUCCUUACAUUUCACCUUUUUUAUAGGCACAUAUAUCUUGUUUGCAGACGGAAGAAGAAACAUCAAUGUUCAAUGAUUUUGAAUGAAUCAUUCAAUUUCAGUUGGGUGUUCGUAACUUUAAAAUCUCAAAAUAGAUAUUCAUAUUUAGUUUAAUAUUUUACACAAUGCACAUAUGUUUUACAGUCAUAUUAUUUUAGAAAUAAAUCUAUACAAAUAUUUAUAAA